UCCCGCGAGAUUCUGUGGUAGCCUCUAGUGAAGCCGUUUGUUGAUUGUUUUAAGCCCAAAGAUGUCUCUUUUUGCGUGCACUAAUUGUAACAGCCGCCAUCCAUUUGAACAACUUUCUAAAGGAGAUCAACUUUGUAAGGAUUGCAGAAAGACAUUUCCAUUGGUAACUUGUACUUAUUGCCGGCUUGAGUUUCAUCUUCUCAGGAACACUGAAAAAGAUCCAAUUUGCAAGAAAUGCAGCCAUAACCUUAAAACUUAUGGCCAGCCUUCUUGUUGUGAGUACUGCAAUAUAAGAGCUGCAUUUGAUGGAACAAAGUGCUCUAGGUGUUUGAGUUCAGAAAAGAAGUAUGGUGCUCCUGUAGCUUGUGAACAGUGUAAGCUAAACUGUGCUUUCCAGAAGACAACAGAGUCAAGGGAAAAGGUUGAUGGGAAAACACUAUGUCUUUUAUGUACAUUAUCUUAUAAGAGAAUAUUAUACAAAACCAAAAAGGGAGAGAAGAGACUCAGUGGGAAAGAUCAUAAGAGAGACAGGAAAGACAGACGUUCUAAGAUAGCCAAGACUGAGAACAAUGACAGUCCUAAAGAUGGCAAGCCAGGAUCAGCUGCUGCCGCUGCUCUGGAGAGGAUUGGCAGUGCACGGAAUAGUCCUUUGACAAUGGCCCUGUACAGUAGUAUGGCCAAUGAUGCUUCAAGUGAACCUAUUGCACUGGAGUCACACAUAACUGAACUUACAGAACUAAAAGAACAGGUGGUGAAUCUUAAAAAGCAGUUACAACAGAAGGAUCAAGCAUUGAUUGAGAAGGAAAAAAAGUUAACUGAACUGAAGGCUGAUCAUUGGGAAAAAGAAAAGGAAUUGAGACAGAAAAUGGUCCAAAUGCAGAAACAGCAAGUAGAGAGAAUAGAGGGCCUACAGACAGAAAACAGAAACCUCAAAAAGCAGAUUGCAACACUGUCAAAAGGAAAAGACAAGCCACUUACAACCUCGGGAUGAAUGUUGUCCAUUUCAAGCCUUUUAGAUGUAUCCCCCUGAAUUUUUAAUUAACAGAAUAUUUACCUCUGCAACAAUGGACUAAAACUUGCCCAGGGGUGCAAAUGUAUUUUUUUAAUUUUCUAUAAGUUAUUUUUUAAAUUGUAUAUUAUCAUGGAUUGUAAAAGUUACGAGGAAUAAGAACUCCUGCAGACUUAGUUUAGGCCUUUAACCCUAAGAGUGACCAGCAUCUAAUUUCUCCUUACAAUAUUACCCCUGGAUCAAACAUUAAGGUCUCGAGAAUGAAGGAAAUGAUCAACAACUUGAGAAGCUCUUGAUAUGUAGACUAAUUCUCCAUGUCAACACCAUAGAAUAUGGAGGGAGAACAGCAUUGUGAAUAUGGAUUCUAUGUUAGGGUGUAAAUGCUUAAAUAACCUAAUAAUGGAAAUUGCUUGCUGUGCAACUGGUAGCCUGUAAGCAGGCUCUCAUUAUCAGCAUUGCAGCUUUUGUGUUUCUCCAGGUUAUCCAGGUGUCUGGCACUGUUAAUCACUGCCAGACCCCCUUGCACACCUCUUGUGGGCACAGGUUGCCCAAGAGAAAAAAAACGUUUGUGCUGAGGAGCUCAUAAUGAGGACUGUUCACAGGCUAGGUAAAUGAAGAGAGACAAAUCAAAAUAGAUUAGAAGUAUCUUUCUUUUCUUUUGUGUAAUAGAGGUUCUCUUUCAAUAGGCCAUUUCCGGGUUCUCACAGUGCAGUGAUCUGCUGCUGAAAUUACAACACAAGGACGAGGCUAAGUGCUAAGUCUGCUUUAUCUUCCCUUUGCUGCCAUCACUUAGCUGAAUGCCUUUCUUCCAAAAAAAAAUUGACUUUCCAUUUUCUCUCGGGUUCACUACCGUGGCUCUUUAUUCUUUAUACCGAUGAGAGAAAAUUUUUAUAUAAACCAUGUAAGUGAAAAAAACACUCCAACUAACUUCUACUUUCAACACACUACUGU